GUGACCUCUUCCUGAAUGGAAGCGUCGUGGAAUUUGGAGCAGCUUUUUAAUGAAAAAUGCUGGAAAAAGUCGCUUAAUAUCUGAAAGGCUCAAUAAUAACGGAUCAUAUUAAAUAUUACCAGACACAAUGGACAAGCAAUAUUCUGUCCAGUUUUUUACCAAGUUUGUGGAAGCGAUGCAGAAGUUCUGCCGAGACUAUAUUGAAUUUGAACAGGCAGUGGAGCUGAGUGGCUACCUUUCUCUGGAGAUAGACAAUUACAAGAAGGAGAGAUAUGUUCUCAGUGAGAUGGUUCACAGUACUGGUGAUGUGAUCAGUGAGAGUUACUGUGUGAAAGCCUUCAAGACUAUGAAACGUUUACCUGUUAUCAGAGACCAUACAAACACUCUACGGUUAUCUCAGGAUGAUUCAAUAGAUUUAAGAGACAGCCCACCACAGUAUGGCAUUCCCUAUCAGACAACAUCUUCUAGGCAGAGGACACAUAUUCACCAAACAUCACCUAACAGGCAUAACAUAUCUAGUCAACAGUCCUACAGGCAGACUAUGAACAGAAGACAUAACCCUCCAUCAUUUGCUUCUGGGGGACAAAAUUCUAAUGCCUUCACCACCUCAUCAUCUUCAUCAGCUCAGUUGGAAGAGCCAUCGACAAUCCAACCCCGCCAAUCUGUCCAGUAUUUAACUAGUGCAUCUCACUCAAGUCCUGUUAUGGCUCUUGUUCCAUCACUGGAUGAUGUAGAAGCCGAUCACAGCAGCGGUACGUCAAACAUGAAUCCACUUGUGUCGUCUGCAGAUAACAUUCAAUCAGAUGAAAGCAGAGGACAAAAACGAAGUACUGUGCAAGAAGAGACCAGUCCAAAUAAAAAAGAAAAAUUAGAUAAUGAGCUUGAAUCCUUAUUCAGUGCUGCAACAAGCAUCGUUACUGUCAGUGAAGGAAAUGUUGACUUCUCUACAACGGUUGGUGAAAAAGUGCCUCAGUCUCAAGAUGUUAACCUAGAUAUUCCAAAUAGUGACCAGUCCACUUCACAAUCUCACUCAGUGAGUGAAAGUUUACGUCUGCCUGAAAGUAUUCAAAUCAAAGAGGAGGUUGAUCCAGACAUUAUGUUUAUAGACAGUCCUGGUGACAGAUCUGGUUCUGAACCUGGUGGUUAUGGUGCAGAUGCUCAGAGUUUCACAUCCUCAGCAGAAGCAGCAUCAUCUGAUCCCAAGUCUUUACAGACGAUGGACCAAGAGGAAAUACUCCCUCUCAAGGUAGAAAUCGGAGAACCUCCCAAAGAAAAGGACCCUGCAUAUACACCUGUUGAAAUAACAGAAAACGAAGGAGAAGCAAAACGAUUCAAAUCAAGAUGGAGUGCAAGCUUAAAGAGACAUGUGCUGAGCCACACAGACCAAAUAUUUUUUUGUGAAUGUAAAAAACGCUUUACUUCCAAGUGGGAACUAAAGUACCACCGAAACAUAUGCAGACACGGUCUGUCGUGUGACCAGUGUGCAAAGAAAUUUUCCACUCGUCAAGGUUUGAGGUUGCAUAUUAGAACUGCGCAUAAAAAAUCAUACCCCUACACCUGUGCAGUCUGCAAGUUUCAUUGUGUAACGAAAAAUCAGUACAUUGGUCAUAUGAAUAAACAUACAAAUAACAAUGAAAAGUGCCAAUGUGGAGCUAGUUUUCUACACCCAGCAGACUAUGCACACCAUCUGAAAGGUUGUCAGAAAAAGAACAUUGUGAAACAUUUGUGCAGUCAUUGUGGAUUGGAAUUCCACAGGAAGCAACAUCUUGUGGCCCACAUUAAUGGCAUGCAUAGUGAACCGAAACAUAAAUGUGAAAAGUGCUUUAAAGCUUUCAAGUGGUCGUCAUCUCUAUCUUACCACCAUAAACACAGUAAAUGCCAAUUACUGGACAACUAGGAUAAUCCAGAAAACUAUGCCAAGUGGAAACAGAAUACUUGAUCACAGAACUGUAUGUCUUUGCGUGCAUGUGUGUGUUUCAAAGUCCUGCAUUAACUAUGUUUGAAAUUGGUUCUAAAAGAACAAAAUAAGGUGAUGUUUGUGGAACCUCUUUUGUCAUGUUUUUAUGUAACAUGCAAAAAUCUUGUAUAAAGAUACAUAAUAUUGUCUUUGGAUGUUGACCAAAAAAUGAUUUAUAGACUUGUAUACCUUAUUAGUGUAGCUUUUACUUGGCUUAUAUCAGCUGAAUCCAGAUUUAGGAUAACGGAUAUCUUGGGCUGAAUUUGUUGUUUAUUUUUUGUCUUUCACAAAAUAUUUUUGAUACUGUUUUAAAUAUUUUAAUUAAUAAACAGAUAUUAGAUAUAACAGAAAUAAGAUAUGCAUCUACAGUUUGUACAUCCAUUAUGCUGAUAUUUGGUUUUAUUACCUCAUGCGUAUUCUAUAUGACUUGCUAUUUGUUAAUGUUAUAUCACAUAUGAUUCCAUUUGAGAUCAUAUUGCACUGCUUUGGUUUUGUGAACCCAUAAAUAAAUAGAUACUUGAUCACAGAAAUGUAUGUGUUUGUGUGUGUGUGUGUGUGUGUGUGUGUGUAUGUGUGUGUGUAUGUUUCAAAGUCCUGCAUUAACUAUGUAUUUCAAAUUGGUUCUAAAAGAACAAAAUACAGUGAUGUUUGUGGAACCUCUGUUAUGUUUUUAUGUAACAUGCAAAAAUCUUGUAUAAAGAUACAUAAUAUUGUGUUUGGAUGUUGACCAAAAAAAAUUAUUUAUAGACUUAUAUACCUUAUUAGUGUAGCUUUUACUUGGCUUAUAUCAGCUGAAUCCAGAUUUAGGAUAACUGAGAUAUCUUGGCCUGAAUUUUUUUUUUUUUUUUUUUGUUUUUCUUUCACAAAAUAUUUUUGAUACUGUUUUAAUUAAUAAACAUUCUGCUUUUAAGCAUAAGAUAUGCAUCUACAGUUUGUACAUCGAUUAUGCUGAUAUUUGGUUUUAUUACCUCAUGUGUAUUCUAUAUGACUUGCUAUUUGUUAAUGUUAUAUCACAUGAUUCCAUUUGAGAUCAUAUUGCACUGCUUUGGUUUUGUGAACCCAUAAAUCGUGAUAUUGCACUAUUCCCGGUGUCAAACAGAGAAUGCUAAACGUUUUUCCAUUUUUCUUUCCCUUUAAUAAGGACUCAUUUACACUAGAUAUGGCAUGUUUGUGCAGUGCAGCUAUACAAAUAAAAUACACUGUUUCCAAUGAUAACAUUUACACUAGAUGUCAGUCUGCGAAAUUGGCUGGGUGCCCGAUGCCCGAGACAUGUAGAAAUCGCAACAGACGUGUACAUUUUCCAAUCUCACAUGCCUGACGGCCACCUGUUUUAAAAACGCAUAAACAUAAUAAAACUGGACAGUAGAAAAAAAAAUUCUAAAUACUUUUAAAAUUAUGAAUUGUUUACACCGGAAAUGAAAGUCAGUCUACAAGUGGACAGGUGUAAAUUCGCGUUUUCGCUUUACUGACAUCUCUGCUCUACAGCCUAUGACGAGUCGCCCGAUCGAUACCUCGCCCCCGGUAUGACUAGAUACUGGAAAGGAAAUUUCUGUUUCCUCGCCCCAGGUCGUUUCGUCCUAAUUUUUUGUAAAUGUGUUUAUACUACAAGUGCAUGCAUUAUAUCAUCAAAUUUGGUAUAAAAUCAUGUGUCCUGUCGCUCUGUAAGAAAUCUAUAAUUUUGGGGUGAAAUGACCCACCUCCAGACCAUUUUCACACAUUCGAAAAAACAACUGGUGCGAACGGGAAUUAGGGCGAAACAAUCCGAUACCGUCGCUUAGGUCAUUUCCUGUUAACAAAUGAAAACAACUGCAUGACAACAUGUCGAGUUUCUUGUGAUAUGUCGAGGGCACAAAGCCGGGGAAGAAAUGGCCAUCUGAAUGACGGGCGUCAUCAAAAACAGUAUGAAGCAAAAAGAAAAUGUAGCUUCCAGCCGCAAUGGUUGAACAACCACCAAUUACUAAUAAAUGCAUGAUAUGCUACUUUAUGUUACAUAUACUAUACAUUUUAAAUGUAUAUAAGUGAGAAACAAUAUGUAUUCCUCAUCAAUGCACCCACUUCGUGGAAAUGAACUCAACCACGUGACCUAGAUUUACAACAUUAACCGGUACGACAAAACAUGACUAAUAAAAAGUAAAACUUGUCGCUAGUAAUCAAACAUUUAAUAUAUGAAAAAAAGCAACAUGUCUUAAACAGUAUUUCAUUUUAUUUGAUCGCGUAUUCUAGCUUUACAACAAGCAGCUGGCAGUACACUACUGAAUAGUAGACUGGCCACAUGAACAUGCAAACAACGCUUAUUUAUACCGUAAGGCGGAUCAACUGAACAAAACUGGUUAAAAAUGUUUGGUUCUAAAAAUCAUGAUGGGAAAAAAAAACUUUCGCAAAUUUCUUUAUAUAUAAUAUAAAUACAUAUGUAUUUGAGUUCUUUUGUGUCAUUAUCAGUUGAAUAUAUACGAGUUGCCUGGUAUUUGUUUUAUAUUCUAUUAUACAUUUUAAUAAUAAAAAAGGUAUUCAUGUUCAUGUACUUUUUAUUACGACAUAAAACCAUUUAAACAA